CGGAGGUUAUAAGGCCGCUCGCGCCACGGUCACACUGAUUACUAAAAAGUUGUUCAACUUGAACGGACGCGCAUUUCGUGGGAAUAUAGUUCGGCGAUAAUUUAAAGGCGAAGACGGUACAGUGAAACAGCAUCAACAUGGACUGCGGCACAUCUAUGGUCAAAUACAUCCUCUUCAUAUUCAACACCAUUGUGUCUAUUAUCGGCAUUUUGGGCAUUGUUUAUGGCGUGCUUAUUCUGAAGAGCGUCGGUACAAUCGAAGUUAAUGGAGUACAGGGCUUCCCGCCACAGGCUCUCAUGCCGAUCAUUCUAAUCAGCUUGUGCUCGAUUGUGGUCUUCAUCUCAUUCCUGGGAUGCUGCGGUGCCAUUCGCGAAUCCGUCUGCAUGACCAUGAGCUAUGCCGUCUUCUUGCUGAUCUUGCUGAUCCUGCAGCUGACGCUCGUUGUUCUGAUGUUUACCCAAAAGGAUAAGAUUCAGAAUGCAAUGGGAAACGUUAUUGAGCAAGCAUGGGAGUCUGACAGUGCUCAAGAGGGAGAUAUUUUCGAUGCCAUUCAGAAAUCGAUGCACUGCUGCGGAUCAACCUCUGCCCUGGACUAUAUUAACAAGGGAAAACUCCUGCCCUCAAGUUGUUGCAGCGGCUCGUGCCUGAACCCGACUAACUACUACCCAGGAUGCCGCGGAAAGUUUAUCGAAUUAAUGAGCGCUAGGGGUGAAAACGUCAAUUAUGUGGGCAUUGGCCUUAUUGUAGGAGAGCUGAUUGGCUUCAUCUUUGCCUGUUGCCUGGCCAACAAUGUGCGUAACUACAAGCGCCGGAACGCCUACUAAGCUAUAGAUGCAUCCAUCAACCACAUCUAGAGGCACACCCACAUCCAGUAGUACACACUCCUCACAUUCUCAUUAAUUUUUACAGUCGUUGAACGCACUUACACAAAGGGAUAAAUUUAAUUUCAAUUAACCUUGAAAUAAUAUCCAUUUAAUUGGAUAUUUGUCAUAAAAAAACGAGAAAAAGCUUAGUUAAGGCGAUAUGAAACGCUUACAUUUUUUAUAUCCUAUGUAUUGGUAUGAUUCGUUUUCUACCUAUCGAACGAGCAGAGAAAGUAAUUUCCAAAGCCUUUGUACAAACGUUUUUCUUGUUAAACCGAAUCCCCACAAAUUAACAAAAUAAACACGUUAAUAAUGAUAUAUUUGUUUAAAACUAAGGAUACAAUCUAUAAACUGUUGAGAGUCCCAAUGCGAAAAGAAAGAAAUAUAUAUUUAUAAUAAACAUGUAUAUACUCAUAUAUGUGUUUGUAAGUACACUGUUCAUUCUAUUCAUAUUUGUAAUGAGACUCUCCGGGUAAGAUCUAAAACUUGAGAGAGUCUUCAAUAAUCGAGAGCUCGAAUUGCAUAAGAAAUUUAUGAAUAAAGCAUUUACUAUGUAUUUAUAUACCAA